AAAGGAAUCAGCUGCACAUUCGAGGAAGGGCGCAGGAUCAGUGUCGUGGGGAGGACUGGAAGUGGCAAAACUACAUUGAUAAGCGCCUUGUUUCGGAGCCCGAAAGUGGCAGGAUCCUUAUCGAUGGGGCUCGACAUUGGCUCGAUCGGGCUCAAGGAUCUGAGGAUAAAGCUCAGUGUGAUCCCUCAGGAGCCUACCCUCUUCCAAGGCAGCGUUCGUACGAACUUGGACCCGUUGGGGCUCUACACUAAUCAAGAGAUAUGGGAGGCAUUGGCUAAAUGUCGGCUCAAGGCAACCAUCAGCAGCCUUCCAAACUUGUUGGAUUCAUCAGUAAGUGAUGAGGGUGAGAACUGGAGUGCUGGACAGAGGCAACUGUUCUGCCUUGGGAGAGUCAUGCUGAGAAGAAAUCGAAUCUUGGUACUCGACGAGGCCACUGCUUCGAUCGAUUCGACCACAGAUGCCAUCCUGCAGAGGAUCAUUCGACAGGAAUUCGCGGAGUGCACAGUGAUUACAGUAGCUCACCGUGUCCCGACGAUUGUAGACAGUGACAUGGUCAUGGUCCUGUCUUACGAUAAGUAUGAAUAUUUUGUUCUGUAA